AUGGUCCCCACCACCUCGCUCGCGUCAGCCACGGCGCUCUACCUCUUGACUCGGUCCUCCCAAUCCACCCAGCGGACCAUUCUCGAGUACCUCCAGAAGCUCCCAUUCACCAUCGCCCCUUCAUCCCUCAUCACGGGCCUCAAAUGGCUCCUCGCGCUCAGCCUGACCAAGUACGUCAGCUCCACGCUGAGCGGGAUCGCCCUGAACAACUGGAAGGUCUUUGCAGACACGAGCCGCUGGAACUGGUCCGAGGAGAUCGCGGUGGUCACCGGCGGAUGCUCAGGUAUCGGGGAGGAGAUCACCAAGGCUCUGGCGGCCAAGGGAGUCAAGGUGGUUGUGUUGGAUAUGGCGCCUCUUCCGGACCGGCUCAAGAACGUCGUUGCCCUGUACCUCAAGUGCGACGUCACGGAUGGAGACGCCGUCGACGCCGUAGCGGAUGAGAUCCGCGCCAAGAUCGGCUCCCCCUCUAUCCUCGUCAACAACGCUGGAAUCGGAAACGACUACCCCAUCUUUGACGCGCCCAACGCCAAAGUCAAGCAACUCAUCGAUGUCAAUCUCACCAGCCACUGGUACACCUGCCGAGCGUUCGCGCCGGAUAUGGUCAAGCGUAAUAAGGGCCACAUUGUCGAGAUUGCAAGCAUGAGCAGUUUUGUCAGUGUCGGAUCUUUCUCGUCGUACUCGGCGACAAAGAUCGCCUUGGUGGCGCUGUGCGAAUGCCUCCGCGAACAGCUUCGAACAUGGUAUCGCGCCCCCAACGUCCACGUGACCAACGUCCACCCUCUUUGGGUCGCCACCCCCCUCGUCGCGUUCCGGCAGGAACUCAUCGAGAAGAAAUCGGGCAAGAUGAUGUCGGCCCAGUUUGUCGGAAAGGAGGUGGCGGACCAGAUCUUCAGGUGCAGGGGGACGCAGCUGGUCAUUCCUAAAUCGUACUCGUUCCUGCGUACGACUCGUGCGUGGCCAGUAUGGUUGCUGGAUACGCUCAAGGGGCUGGGGGCUAAUACGAGGGAGGAGCUGGAGGCGGAGAUGAAGAAGCAGUGA